GGUCAAUAACAAAACAAACCUUGAUAUGUUGGCCACACAGUUUAAAACUACUAUUCGGGCAUUCAGUAGUUCUGCUAGGCUGCACAAAUCAUUAUCAAAAUGGUACCAGGGCUUGUGGCAAACGAGAAAAAACGAACCCCCCUUCGACCACAUCGUGCAACUGGGUGAUCCAGCUUUGCGGCAGGUAGCGAACUUGAUUCCGGAGAGGGAACUAAAGUCUCCGGAAGUGCAAUAUCUGGUGAAGCACCUCACUUCGGUGAUGCGAGCGUACAAAUGCGUCGGUCUAGCCGCACCACAGCUGGGUCUGCCGUUGCGUGCCUUCGUGAUGGAAUUUAAGGACGACCUUCGCGACCAGUACACCAAAGCCGACUAUAAGCUGCGAGAGAUGGAACCACUUCCGCUAACGGUAUUUUUAAAUCCAGAAAUAAAAGUACUCAACUACGACAAGCUCAUACACACGGAGGCGUGCGAAAGCGUACGAGGGUAUCGGGCGGACGUCGCGCGGUACCGGGAAGUGCUGGUUAAAGGGUACGAUCGUCACGGAGAGCGGCAAGAGUUGAAGCUGCAUGGAUGGAAUGCUCGUAUUGCUCAGCAUGAGAUGGACCAUCUGAACGGAAUCGUUUACACCGAUAUCAUGAACCGGAAGAGCUUUACCUGCACAUGCUGGGAAGCGGUCAAUGCAAAACAAGGCCGCGUGAAUUUGUCGUUCGCGAAGAAAUAGCUGAAACAUUUAAGUAGUAUGGAAAUAAUAUA